UAUACCCUACCACACAACACAACCAAGAUCCACACACACUCACACAGUUCACACUCAUAUCAUAUCAACAACACAUCAAUCUCUUUAAUUUCCUCCAUCUUUCUUCUAAACCCAACCACAAAAAAAGGCCAAAAACCCAACAAGAUCGACCAUGGAAGGCCACCCUCUUCUUCACCACCUCCAGCAGCCCACCCUCGCUUACACGUGGGACCCACAGCUCGCGCCGUUCGACCACGUCGCCGGCGCCGGCGACCAGGUGGCCUUCUCCACGGCGUUGGAGCUCCGGCAGGCGCUGCUCCGGGCGCUGGCCGAGCUGGACGCGGCGCGCGCGGCGCACCAGGCGGAGCUCCGGCGGAUGGAGUCCGAGGCGGGGCGCCUCGACGCGCUCGUCGCGUACGCCGCCGCCGAGCGCGACGAGCUCCGGCGGAACUGACACUCCCUCCUGCUCCUGGUGCACCAACCAGAGCCAGCCCCCCGCGCCGCCGACGCCGACGCCGCAGGUCAGCAGCCUCCCCGCCGCGCACGUCGUCGCCGUCCCGGCCGUGGCGGACGAGCUGGCGGCGCUCGACGCCGCCGACGAGGCGGAGCUGGAAAUGGCGCUGGCGCGGCGGCUGCCGGAGAAGGGCCGGCUAGUGGAGGCCGUCGUGUCGGCGGGGCCGCUGCUCCAGACACUCCUCCUCGCCGGCCCGCUCCCCCGGUGGCGCCACCCGCCGCCGCCCGCGCCGGCCGACAUCCCGCCGUUCAACCCGACCAAGGCCGCCGACGCCGACAACAACUCCUUCUCCUCGGCGUCGGCCACGUCGUCCUCGCCGGAGAGCAACUGCAGCGGCGGCGGCGGGCACGCGCCGCUGGUGUCCCCGGCGCUGCCCUACCACAUGAUCCCCUUCUGCAUGUAGCGGCGUCGCCGACUCGCCGCCGUCGUCGUGGGUGAAGGUGCAUGCUAGCUCCCGUGCCUCCUGGGCGGGCACAUGCGCGCCACCAUUCGAUCGCCACCAACGGCUUAAUCGUGUCAUUAGUGCUAAGCUUAAUUACGCCUACGUAAGCAGCAGCUAGUCAUUACAUAAAUAAAUUAAGGCUUGGUUUUGAUUAGUAGGGGUGAUUAGUGGGGCGAUUAUAAUUAGCUUAGUGAUUAGAAGUGGGCAGAGAUUGGGACAUGCGAGACAAAGAAUUACAUGAAUGCCACUACCUACACUAGUAUCAUCAUGUACAUGUGUGUAUGAUAGUAUCUAAUUUAUCUAUGGGUGGUGUGUUUCUUUCUGAGACCACUGCAGAAUGCACUGGUUUCAUAUAUGUUGCUGUCAGUAAUUAAGUCUUUUGUUGAGAAA